AUUUGAUUGGACAAAAAACCACGUGGUCAAAUCACCACACCCGGAAGAAUGACAAAUCGAUUGUAAACCAAACAUGUAGCAGGUAUCUUUAUGCAAAGAGGACACAAACUUUCGCGGGACCAUAAUGGCAUCCUACUUUGAUGAACACGACUGUGAGCCCACCAAUCCCGAGGAACAAUAUCGCCAGAAUGCACUACUUGAACUGGCCAGGUCUUUAAUGCAGGGUUUGGACUUGAUUGACUCAGGAACGCUCGACUUGUCAGACUGGGACCAGCGUCUCCCUCCUCCGGCUGCCAAAACUGCUGUUCAGACCCUUACCGUGGUCAUCAUUUCUCCAGAACAAGCAGACAAAGGUCUGAAGUGUCCCGUGUGUUUGCUGGAGUUCGAGGAACAAGAGACGGUUCGAGAAAUGCCUUGCAAACACCUUUUCCACUCAGGAUGUAUACUGCCCUGGUUGGGCAAGACUAACUCUUGUCCGCUCUGCCGACUUGAAUUACCGACUGACAAUCCAGAGUAUGAGGAGUUUAAAAAAGACAAGGAGAGAAGAAGACAGAGGGAGCACAGGCUGGAGGACCUACAUGGAACCAUGUACACAUGACGUGACAGUGCUGUGAUGCAAGUUUGUGGCACAGCAACAUUUUUACUUUUUAGAAAAAGAAAACUUCAGGAAAUGCACAAUGCUGCAUUCAUGCCAUUCUGUAUAGAAUGUCAUUUCAAGAAUUGGAAUGGGAAAUAACACCCAUGAAAACUUCAUAUUUUUAUAUUUUUAGUUAUGAAUCAGCAGUAUAAAUGACAUUCCUAAUAUCUGCCAUCUGGCAAAAAGAAAUACAAGAAAUUGUUGGCAAAUGGCUUCAAAGCCAUUCAUCCCUACCCUCCGUCUAUAAAAAAAAAAUCUGAUAUUACAAAUAUUUAACACAUUAAAAAAGCUAAUCUGGUGAAGUCGGACUGCUCCUGUUGAGUAACAGAGGGGUUUCCUGUUCUCUCUGUUUAUUUGAGUUGGCUUGAAUGCAGCAUAAGCAACAAUAUCAUUGGAAAUGCUUAUCUUUGAUUAUAAAUGCUCUUUUCUCACUAGUUAUAAAAAAUAUAUAUGAAAAUAUA